AACCCCCACAGGCUCCUUCACCACUCCAUUUUCUUCAACACCAAUGGCUCAUAUUUCAAGUUCCUCUCUCUUCUUCACUGCAGCCACUCUCCUUAUGCUCUGCACCAUCGCCAAUGCUGGGCGUCGCCCUGGCCUCAUUCUCACCCUAGUUAACAACUGUCCAUACACUGUCUGGCCAGCCAUUCAGCCCAACGCCGGCCACCCAGUUCUUGAACGUGGCGGCUUCCCCCUCCAGAGCCACAUGCACCGCUCCUUCCCCGCCCCGGCAGGACAGUGGUCCGGUCGCAUCUGGGCCCGCACUGGCUGCACACACUCCAACGGUUACUUCUCUUGCGUGACAGGUGACUGUGGUCACCGUUUAGAAUGUGACGGCCUGGGUGGGGCGACCCCGGCCACGCUGGCACAGUUCAGCCUUCACCACGGCCCCAAGGACUUCUCCUCUUAUGGCGUAUCCCUCGUCGACGGUUUCAACGUUCCCAUGACCGUGACCCCACAUGAAGGCACAGGCGUGUGUCCCGUUGUGGGUUGUGGCGCCAAUCUGCUUGCUACGUGCCCUAAGAAGUUACAGUUGCGAUCACCGCCUGGUCACGGACCGGUCGUCGGUUGCAAGAGUGGGUGUGGGGCUUUUGGUACGGACGAACUCUGUUGCCGGAACCAUUACAACAGUCCACAGACUUGUCGACCGUCGAGUUUCUCGAAGUUUUUCAAGCGCGCUUGUCCAUCUACAUUUACUUAUGCCCAUGAUACCCCCCCUCUCAUGCAUGAGUGCUCCUCGCCACGUGAGCUCAAAGUCAUUUUCUGUCACUAGAUAGAGAAAGCACAAAGCUAGCUGUGGGUUCGAUGCCACUCAAGGCAUGUCUCUUGUUCUAGCCAGAGAAUCCCACUGAAUAAAAUAAAAAAUAAAAUGUAAACUUCUGGUUUUCAAUAGUUGUCGAUGAAGUUGUAUUAUUGUGGUGUGUCACUUGUGUCUAAGGUCGAUGAAGUUGUAUUAUUGUGGUGUGUCACUUGUGUCUAAGAUGUUAGUUUGACUGGGAAUAAAUGUAACAAGUUUAUGUC